UCCGACCUUAUUUUUGUUUAUGGGAUGAGCACUUUUUGAAGAGGAUGAAACUUGUGUGUAUCUUCCUCCCAGUUUGUUUAACAAAAGAAGAAAAUGAUAGAUUUGGAGCAAAACUAUGGAUUGAUGAAAUGUUAUACUUUUUAAACAAAACAGAAACCUCGGAACAAUUAAAUAUUUUGCUUCUAUUUGCGAGACUGGCCAAAGACUGUCCUGGCUAUUUGGACUUCUCACCUUACUUUCACCAAUUGUUCACGAUUUUAAUGUCUUUUUUUCAAAUUGAAAUUGGCGUUGAUAAAUUAGUUGCGAAUACAAAUUGUUCAAAUGAGUUCUCAGCAUUUACAGACAUAUUUACUUAUUCAUUUGGGAUGAAUGGAGACAAAAUUCAAGGAUACAUUUCUCAGCUGUUCCUGUCACUUGAAUGCUAUUUUCAUCCUUCAAAUAAUGGACAGCACACAAAAAAUUUAUUACAUUUUCUUCAUAAAUUGGUGUUGUCCUUUUUGAACCGGGUUUCUCGUGAGCGCUUUCAGGAGAAAAAAUUCGUGAAUCAAAUUCCUGAAAAUAUAAAAAUAAAAGAUGAUCAAAUCAAGACUUUUGUCAAAUCAAUUUUGCCUUGUAUUGAAUAUGCUGCUUUUCUUAAACAAAAUGAUAAUUCUGUGCCAGCAAUUAUUCGGCUUUUGGCAUUUCUUUCACCAGAAAUUAUUGUUCCUUUUGUUUUUGAUUUAGUCUAUUCAUCUCUUCAAGCUAUAAAUGAACCUCACCGACUAAUUCAAGCCUUGGAAAUUCUUUCACCUAUCUGCGUAGUAAUUUCACGGCACGAAUUAAAAUAUGAAAAGAAAUCGAUUUUGACCAGAAUUUUUAAUAAAAUAAUGAAUAUAUUUACAAACCAAGAGGAAGAAAUUGAAGUGAGAGGUUCUCGAUGGAUUGCUAUUGAUUUAAUGGGUGAUCUACUUGAACAAUUGGAUGUUUACAAUACUGAGAAGACUCAACUUAUUUUUCGGGUAUUGGCAAAUUUUAUGAUGUUAAUACCAAUAGUGGAUUGUUCUCAAGCUCCAUUAGUUUGCAGAGAUUUAUCACCAGAAGAGGAACAAUUAUGCGCAAAAACUGCUUCUUUUGGACUAUUUAUUGAAGAAUUGAUGAGAAAAAUUUUUUCAAUGAUUGAGUUACUUGGAAAUAGUGUCAGUGACAGACACGACUUGGCAUCAACAAAAAAUGUUGGAAAGAAUAUGGAAGAGAUGGUUAUUGAAAAUGGAGUGCUGAUAACUUUUCGUUCGUUAGUGAGAAAUUGCAGUUCUACUUUUUAUAAUGUAAAUUUUAUUUGA